AUGAACAUAACGAGUCUGAGAAAUGCAACAAUAACCAAUACUCAGCUUGUGGUUGAUGUCACACGUUGGACACAGACAUCAGACUCGGAUUAUCAGAUUCCGACAUCAGACUUGGAUCAUCAGACUCUGACAUCAGACUCCGACAUCAGACUCGGAUCAUCAGACUCGGACAUCAGAAUCCAACAUCAGAAUCCAACAUCAGACUCGGACAUCAGAAUCCAACAUCAGAAUCCAACAUCAGACUCGGACAUCAGACUCCAACAUCAGACUCCGACAUCAGACUCGGAUCAUCAGACUCGGAUCAUCAGACUCAGACCAUUAGACUCCGAUCAUCAGACUCGGACAUCAGAAUCCAACAUCAGACUCGGAUCAUCAGAAUCCAACAUCAGACUCGGAUCAUCAGACUCGGACAUCAGAAUCCGACCAUUAGACUCCGACAUCAGACUCGGAUCAUCAGACUCGGACCAUUAG